CACUCCCGCGCGCGCAUCCGUGCGCCGCCCGAGGCUGGCCUGAGGAGUCGGCGGCCAUUUUGUUCUUCUCGUGGUUCCAGUGGCGAGAGGAGGAGGAAGCCGGGAGCGGGGCGGCUGGGGGGGGGGACCCGCCGCGGCUGCUGCUGCCACCGCCGCCGCCACCACCGCUCGUGGGGCUCGUGGCGAGAGGAAGGACGAGUGAGACCCGGGCGCGAGCGGGCGGCGGCGCCGCUGCGGGAGGGUCGGCGGCGGGACGGCGAUGGCGGAUAUCGAUAAACUCAACAUCGACAGUAUCAUCCAACGGCUGCUGGAAGUGAGAGGGUCCAAGCCAGGCAAGAAUGUCCAGCUCCAGGAGAACGAAAUCCGAGGACUCUGCCUGAAGUCUAGGGAGAUCUUCCUCAGUCAGCCUAUCCUUUUAGAACUUGAAGCACCACUCAAGAUAUGUGGUGACAUCCACGGGCAGUACUAUGAUUUGCUCCGUCUGUUUGAAUACGGUGGCUUCCCUCCAGAGAGCAACUAUUUGUUUCUCGGCGACUAUGUGGACAGAGGCAAACAGUCACUAGAGACAAUCUGCCUCUUGCUGGCCUACAAAAUCAAGUAUCCGGAGAACUUUUUUCUUCUCAGAGGGAACCAUGAGUGUGCCAGCAUCAAUAGAAUCUAUGGAUUUUAUGAUGAAUGUAAAAGAAGAUACAACAUUAAGCUGUGGAAAACGUUCACAGACUGUUUUAACUGCUUACCGAUAGCAGCCAUCGUGGACGAGAAGAUAUUCUGCUGUCAUGGAGGUUUAUCACCAGAUCUUCAAUCUAUGGAGCAGAUUCGGCGAAUUAUGAGACCAACUGAUGUACCAGAUCAAGGUCUUCUUUGUGAUCUUUUGUGGUCUGACCCCGAUAAGGAUGUCUUAGGCUGGGGUGAAAAUGACAGAGGAGUGUCCUUCACAUUUGGUGCAGAAGUGGUUGCAAAAUUUCUCCAUAAGCAUGAUUUGGAUCUUAUAUGUAGAGCCCAUCAGGUGGUUGAAGAUGGGUAUGAGUUUUUUGCAAAGAGGCAGUUAGUCACUCUGUUUUCUGCACCCAACUACUGUGGCGAGUUUGACAAUGCAGGUGCCAUGAUGAGUGUGGAUGAGACCCUCAUGUGUUCCUUCCAGAUUUUAAAGCCUGCAGAGAAAAAGAAGCCCAAUGCCACGAGACCUGUCACACCGCCACGGGGUAAUGCCCUGUACAAUGCCAUGUGCUGA